AUGGAAAACAAUGCUUCCGGUAAGCCCCGAAACACGGAGUCUCUUCAAUGUCCUUCACUCUCUCACAAUCCUCAUGGUUUGCUGCGACCGUCAACGGAAGAAACUCUCUUACCCUUAAACUGCUGUGUAAAAACCAGCUUGUCUAACAAAAGAGAAGAAACCCAGAAGUGGAAUGGGCUGAAAAUCGUUAGAGGAAAGAAACUUUUAAAAGAUCUCAGUACUUCGGGUAUUGGUGGCCCCUGUAAGUACUUUGUCGAAGUUCUCGAUCAAACCCAACUCCUUUCUGCCAUCAGGUAUUGUCAUGAGCAUUCCAUAAGAUAUAUUAUCAUUGGCAAAGGCUCAAAUUGUCUCUUUGAUGAUGUGGGUUUUGAAGGUUGUGUGAUUCUGAACCAAAUAAAGUUCUUAGAGAGGAAAGAAUCUGGAAUAUACAGAGCUGUAAGUGGUUUCAGAUUUAAUGGGUUGGGGGUGCUAUCUGUCAAUGAGGGAUUCACAGGUCUUGAGUUUGCUAGAGGAAUUCCUAGGACAGUUGGUGGAGCUACUUAUAUGAAUGCUGGAGCAAAUGGGCAGGAGACUGCUGAUGUCAUUGUCAGUGUGGAUAUUGUUACAGUUGAAGGAGAGCUCCGGACACUUGACAGAAAUGAUCUCAAGUUUGAUUAUCGAUCAUCAUUAUUUCAAGAUAUGAAAGACUUAGCAGCCAUUAUUGCUGUCACAUUUAGACUGGAAGAGUCAAGAUCUGCUAGAAGAAAGCAAGAAGAAUAUUUGGAGAGGAGGAGGAUGACUCAACCUCUGGGAGAUCGAACAGCUGGUUCAGUGUUUCGAAAUCCCUCUGAUAUAGGAGUUGCAGCAGCUGAGUUAAUAGAGAAAGCUGGGUUAAAAGGAAUUAGAUUGGGGGGAGCAAUGGUUUCCAAAGUCCAUGCCAACUUAUUCAUAAAUGUCAGCGAUGCAACUUCUCAAGACAUGCUUAAUCUCAUUGAUUUGGUUAUGGACAAGAUUGAUCGGAAGUUUGAGGUAAGACUUUUCGAAGAAGUAAUAUAUUAUCAUCCAUACAGUAACAAUUUGAAUUCAAACAGAGACAAUGUAACAUUUGCAAAUAAAAUGGAAUAA